AUGCUUCUCAAGAUCCUUGUUUCUAUCACAGCUGCUGUUGCAGUUACAGCAACAGCUAUCGACAAACCAGUUGGUGCUUCUAGUUGUCGGUGGGAGGGCACGGCUCCUUACUGCGCAGGCGAAUGUGAGUCUGGCUGGGAAGAGAGGGGACGUAGCCAAUGUGGUGAUGGCAGCUGCUGUUGGACUGGGAGUAAAGCCCUCUGCUGUGAAGAGGAGGAUUACGUCAAGAACUUGGUAAAGGAACAGGACAAAGUUGGUGUUGCUGGCUGCCGGUGGGAGGGCACUGCUCCUUACUGCGCAGGCGAGUGUGAAAAUGGCUGGAGUGAGAGGGGACGCAGUCAAUGUGGUGAUGGCAGCUGCUGUUGGACUGGUAGUAAGGCUCUGUGCUGCGAAGACGACGAUGUCGUCCAGGACCUCUAG